AUGUUCAAGAUAACCACCUUGCUCGUCUGCUUGGCCGUUGCCGUUUUGGCAUACGAAGAUUAUCAUAGCCAUCCGAAGUACAAGUACGAAUAUGGAGUUAAGGAUAGCCAUACACACGAUCACAAGAGCCAGUGGGAACAUCGCGAUGGAGAUCACGUCGAGGGACAGUACACCCUUGAUGAGGCCGAUGGUACCCACCGCGUUGUGGAUUACACCUCGGAUCAUCACGGCGGAUUCCAGCCGCAUGUUCAGCGCAACGGGCACGCCCAUCAUCCUCAUGAUCAUCGGGCAGCCGUCGCUGUUGCUCUGCCAUAUAAACCAGUAGCGGAACCGGAGCACUACAUCGAACCCAAGGAAGAUCAUCAUCAUCCGCAGUAUAAAUUCGAAUAUGGAGUGAAAGAUGCCCACAGCGGAGACCAUAAGGUGCAGUGGGAGCAGCGGGACGGUGAUGUCGUCAAGGGAUCAUACAGUCUGGACGAGCCCGAUGGCGGACACCGUAUCGUUGAAUACCAUUCCGAUCCUCACGGCGGAAUUCAAAUUCAGGUGAAGAAAGUUGGUGGCCACGCCCCUGCCCCGGCAGUACACCACGAGCCCAUUCCCGUAGUGUCGGCUCCGAUUGUGCAUAAACCCAUCAAGAAGCAUCGGUGGAUCGAGCCAAACUUUUACGCGAAAGGCCACUCCAUUCCAUCCUCCACGGCGGCGGCCAGCCCAGUCAUUGAGCGUGAGCGCGUACGCACCAGCGACGUUCUAGCGCUCCUUGCCUGCUUGGUCAUCGUUGUGUCGGCCAAGGAAUACAAAGAGGAACACCAUGCUCAUCCCAAGUACAAGUUCGAGUACGGAGUUCACGAUCCACACACCGGAGAUCACAAAGCCCAGUGGGAACACCGGGACGGUGAUGUCGUCAAGGGACAGUACUCUCUACAUGAAGCCGAUGGCAGUGAACGUAUCGUUGAAUACAAAGCCGAUGACCACAACGGUUUCGAAGCUGUCGUCAAGAAUGUCCAGCACGGACAUGCUCCUCAUCAUUACUAG